AUUUUAAUGCAGUUCUCAUUAUCACUUCAGAUUUGUGCUGCUGAUUCUCUAAAGCAACAUACAAACAUCUACUUUAAGACAAGUGACUGAGAGAAAGAAUUAAAAUGCUGCGAAUUAUUUUGCUCCUCUUGCCUGGUGUUCUCAGUAGUAAGUGGGAUGUCAAGUACUCUGAUCCAAUUUGUCUUGUGAGGGGGUCCACUGUCUCUAUUCCCUGUACUUUUACAUAUCCACAGGAUAAAACAGUAGAGCAAGUGUUAUGGUGCUCAAUGAGCACAAACAGUGGCAAAUGUGAAAGUGAGCCAUAUGUUUAUGACAGUAAUGCCCCAAAAAAUGCAGAAAACCUUCAAUACACUGGUGAUAAAACUUCAAAUUGCUCUUUGCUGAUCAGUAAUAUUAAUUUUACAAGUAGUGAUGUGUAUAAAUUUAGAUUUAAAACCAAUUCUGAAACUGGGCGUUGGACUGGAGAACCUGGAGUGCAAAUUGAAGUAAAAGAUUUAAAAGUGUCCAUGACCAGUUCAAGAGAAAAUGGGACCAUAAAGGUUGGAGACUCUUUGAAUUUGACAUGUAGAGUCAACUGCUCUGGUAAAUUAACUGAGGUUCAGUGGUUUAAGAAUGGGGAGCCAAUACAUCAAUCAGACCCCAUCAUCACCUUCAGCAGUGUUACUUCUCAAGACUCUGGGAAUUACUCCUGUUCUAUGAGAAACUUUAAAACAACUCUAUCUGAAGAAUUUAGACUUUAUGUUGAAGAUUCAUCAAGUCCCACAACAUUCUUCAUUAUUGGAUUGUCUUUAUUCUCACUUCUUUUCAUCAUUGCAGCUGUGAUACUCAUAACAAGAAGGAAAACAAAAAAUCAAGGAAACCCAGAUGAAGAAGACAGAACCCAGACUGAAACAGUCACACACAUAGGCCACACAAGCCUGCAGAGAGCAGAGGACGUGUUGCAGGAUGAGGAAAUACAGUAUGGGUUUAUCAUCAUCAAACCCAAAGGACCAGCACAAGAGCCCCAGAUAUAGCCCUCCAUCUGCCUGAAUUCAAGAAACGCAAGGUUUGGUCUCACAUUCAUUCUGCUGAAUUUAUUAACAAAACUUUAAAUUAUGCAACGAGCAAAUUAAUCAAAUAACACAAAUAUUGAGUGUUUUAUGUUUUUUCUUUUUUGGUAAAACAAAGUCUCCAGCACAGGGCUGGGGUAAGGGAAUGAAGUAGGGGGGCGUUCAUCAAAAUAAAGUUGAGAAACGCUGAUGUAAUACAUGGACUAUAUUUUAAAAAAAAUUAUGAAAAACUAAUGAUAAAAUACAAUUUGCAAAAUGUAUACUGUAUGUCUGUAAUUUAACAAGUUAGAAGGUCCCCUGUAUAAUGAAUAACAGCAUUAACUAAAAGUGAAUUUCUUUCAUACUGUAUGCAAGCAAAAUGGACAUUAUAACUUAAAUAUACACAAAUUAAUUGAAAUUAAAAGCUAAAUCAAAAUCGAAUCAUGAUAUUGUCUGCAUAUUGAGCUGUAAUAGGAUAAAGUAUUUUAUCACCGAAAAAGUUUCACACUUCAUCUUUAAAAGUCAUUGCUAAAAUGGAUCAAAAGUGUGAAGUUAGUUCAAAGAAAAGCUCUAGCAUUUGUUUUCAGUUGCCACAUAUUUUGUUAUCUAAUGCAAUUAAAUUCAUACAUUUUAAUUGUGAUUUAAGUGUCAGAAUACUUCAAUGUUCAAAAACUUUUUGAGGCCAACAUGUUUUUGGGGCAGCAAAGGAGAGACGUUAGCAAAUCCAAGAUUCAGUCCAAGAUCAUAGUACAGUAACAAAAGGGAUGAAUUAAAUCCAAUACAUUAUUAAUUUCCAUGAAAAAAAAAAAAAAAAAGUAAAUUCUCUAAUAAUAAUGUUUUUCAUGACUGUGGGAACCUAGUACAUGUGGUGAAACAUGUCAUAUAUCCAAAUCUACUGGUCAGGUUACAAGAUGUACUUCUAAAGAAAUAUGUGGCCUUUGGUCCUGCAGAGGUGCUUGCCAUUCCUUGUAAUGAAAUCAAUAAAUACAGCAGGGAACAGAUCAAUUGGGUUUGCUCAAUGUCCCAGUCAGAAAUCUAGUCAGGGUGACCUCUGGUGGUGAUUAUGAUGUAUAUAUUUUUUUUAAAUGAUAAAAAAAUUAAAGGAAUAGUUCACCCAAAAAUGAAAAUUCUCUCAUUAUUCACUUACCCUAAUGAUAUCCCAGAUGUGUAUGACUAUCUUUCUUCAGAAGAACACAAUUAAAGAUUAUUAGAAGAAGAUAGAGCUCUGUCAGGUCCUUAUAAUGCAAGUAAAUGGAGGCCAGCACUUUGACGGUCCAAAAAUCAUAUUUAGGCAGCAUAAAAGUAAUCCACGCAACUCCAGUCGAUCAAUGAAUGUCUUAACUGAUACAUUUGAGUAAAAAAUAAAUAGAUAACUAAAAUGUUAAUAACUUUUAAAAAGUGCUUCCUGACAGCAGUUGACGCAUCACGUAGCUGUCACGUGAUGUAAGCGCAUGGGCGAGUUCAUGCAAGAAUUCAGAAGUGGCGCUUAUUUACAACAGAAGAACGAAUGUCAUGUGAGAGUUCGGCCAUUUGAAACAGCAUCAGAAUCCUGGAUGGAAGCGCCGAUUUAAAGUUAAAAACUUUUUUCUUACAUAAACCUAUCGAUUCGAUUCAGUCAUUUGGAUUACUUUUAUGCUGUCUAAAUGUAACUUUUGGACCAUCAAAUUGCUGGCACCCGUUUACUUGCAUUAUAAGGACCUGACAGUGCUCUUUCUUCUUCUAAAAAUCUUCAUUUGUGUUCUGCUGAAGAAAGAUGCAUCUGGGAUGGCAUCAGGGUAAUAAAUAAUGAGAGAAUUUUCAUUUUUGGGUGAACUAUAACUUUAAUAAACCUUCUGGACACAAAAAACAACCAUGCUUAUUGACACAUUGUUUAAUUAAUUAUUGUAUUUUUUAAUUAUAUUAAAUAUUUAAGAUGCAGUCAUAAGGGCCUGAGUAGCUCAGUGAGUACUGACGCUAACUACCACCCCUGGAGUCACAAGUUCAAAUCCAGGGUGUGCUGAAUGACUCCAGCCAGGGGCACAUUCAAUCUCAAAAUGGUGUGCUACGGUUUCCGGGUUGAACGACAUGUUUCCUCAAAACGGUGUGCAAUGGGCUUUGAGGUACGUUUUCUCUCAUUUGGUGGGUGUGUCAGAGGUGUUACCCAAUCAGCAGCGACAUGUAUAUAAACCCCGCCGUAUUAAAUGGAUCCAACUAAAGUCCUUUACAAAUGUGUCCACUGCAGCUUGGUGUAUGCAACAAUUGAAGAAAUUUGAAGAAAUGCUUGCCUUGUCAUCCUGAAAUGUGAGGCAAAUUUUGGAUCACCAUUAUUAGGAACCACAGUUUCCACAUAUCCCUUCACUCGAUUGGGAUGUUCUCUGCUAUUCUGGACGGCUAGGGCAGUGACUGUAACAUCGAGCGUAUUUUGUAGUAUUAAACACGUAUAUAAACCGAUUUUAUCAAGCUCCGUAAAUUCUUGAAAAGAACGCAAAGAAUGGCCUUCUCAGCUGCCAUAGUUGCAAUGCUUGCGUAACACAACAGGGUGUUCAAUGCACCACCAUUUCCGUUUAAAUAAACAUUUUGCUAUGUUUUGUCAGGGCUGAAUGAUUUCUCAUAAGCAACCGAAUUGGCCCAGUUGCUAGGGAGGGUAGAGUCACAUGGGGUAACCUCCUCGUGGUCACGAUUAGGGGUUCUCGCUCUCAAUGAGGCGCAUGGUAAAUUGUGCGUGGAUCACGGAGAGUAGCAUGGGCCUCCUGUGCUGUGAGUCUCCGCUGUGUCAUACACGAUGAGCCACGUGAUAAGAUGCGUGGAUUGACGCUCUCAGAAGCGGAGGCAACUGAGACUUGUCCUCCACCACCCGGAUUGAGGUGAGCAACCGUGCCACCACGAGGACCUACUAAGUAGUGGGAAAUGGGCAUUCUAAAUUGGGAUACAUAUUACUCAACCUGGAUGACUCUUAUGGAAAAAUCUUCACAAAUACAUUCACACUACAAGAAUAUAUUUCACUCUAAAAAUAAAAUAAAAUAGCUCUUAAUAAAGCUUGCCUUAUAUGAUGUGCAAAUGUCCUAGUGCAUAAACAUAUCAAAAGAAACACACAGAAUAGUAAAAGAUUAAAUUAAAGAUUAAAGUAUUGCUUAUAUAUUAUUUUGGUCUUGUUAAUUUUGUCUUGAGAAUUAAAAUGACUGCAACAACAUACAUAGCAUAGAAAAAAUAAUACAAAUUACUAAAUCAUGAUGGAAAGUCUGAACAUUAUCAAAUUAAAUAAAGUGAAAAAGAAUUGUUGUAUCUGCAAUAUAAAGUCAAAUUAUAAAUCAAGUGACCUUUAAUGAGAUGCAUUUUUAUUAUGUCAUUGACAUUUUUGAAGAUUUGUUUGCAUUUCAUUUCAAAACUUUUGUUUGUUUGACAUCUCAUUGUAAGGAGACCAUUACAGAGAGACAGAAGUUAC